ACUCAGAAAUCAGAACCGAGUGAGUAGUGACGUUGCACACGCAUCCGGACAGAUUGUUCUUUGCUUCGACGUCACCGCAGUCGAUGUCGAUGAGACGGUGGCCAGCUGCACCGCCCUGUCUGCCGCAUCAGCAUCUAAUCUAACCAGCCGCUUUUCUCCGCUUGCACUUCCACGUGCCCCCGCCGGUCAAGAAGCCGUGACGCGAACGCGACCGUCUCCGAGCCACCGCUCUCUCGCCGCCAUGGGCUUCAGCAUCCUCCCGCUGAUGGAAUUCAUCGCGCGCCGCGCGUUCCUCGGCGCUGGCCUCCAGCCCCACACCGCCGCUCUCCCGUCCGACGACGGCAGCGAUGGCGGGCAACCGCGCACCGUCAUCCACUACUGGGCGCCCCCGGGGGAGCCGCGCCUCCCGCCGCUGCUGCUCAUCCACGGCUUCGGGCCCAUGGCCACGUGGCAGUGGCGCCGGCAGGUGGGCCCUCUGUCCCGCCACUUCCACGUCAUCGUCCCGGACCUCCUCGGCUUCGGCGCCUCCUCCCGCGGCUCCCCGGCGGCGCCCUCUGAGUUGGCGCAGGCCGCCGCGCUCGCCGCGCUACUGGACGCGCUCCCGGGCCUCACCGCGGACGCGCGCGUCGCCGCGAUCGGCACCAGCUACGGCGGCUUCGUGGCCUACGCCCUGGCGCGCGCAGCGGGACCCGGCAGGGUCGGCCCCGUGGUGAUGUCCAACUCCGACCUGCUCAAGACCGCCGAGGACGACAGGGCGCUCCUCGAGCGCGCUGGCGGCGGGCUCGCGCGCACGGCCGACCUGCUCAUGCCGCUGGACGCGCGCGGCGCGCGGCGGCUCAUGGAGCUCUCCUUCUACCGGAGGCAGGCCAUUACCUUGCUGCCGGACUUCGUGCUCCGACAGGCCGUGCAGCAACUUUUUAUGGAUAAAAGGGAUGGGAAGAUUGAGCUGAUGAAGGCUAUAACUGUUGGCACAGACGAGUUCAAGUUGACACCAUUGCCUCAGGACGUUUUGCUCAUCUGGGGUGACCAUGAUCAGAUAUUUCCCUUGGAAAAGGCCUUUGCUGUCAAGAGGUGGUGGAGUGCCGAAGGUGACGUUCUUGGUCUUUGUGAUGUUGCCGUGACGAUCCUCCUCGAAGCGCGACAAGAUUUUUUCCUUGCAUCGCUCCAAUUAUUGUACCGCAUCUUCUACAAUUCUUUAGCUCUUCUUCAAGAGCCUUGUGUUCGUCGGCUGCAAUAUUUUUUAGAUCCAACCUGACAAUAUUGGACUCACUAAUCAUAGAAUUAUCUUUUCUUCUCCAACAAAGUCGUUAAAAUGUGUUUGUUCGUGUGUUGGAUCGAUUUUAGCGCCAACGACUUGUCAAAUGUACUGCUCCACCCUUGCUUACAUUGCUCGCACCUGGGAGCACGCUCUGGUUCCUCUUAAGUCCCGCCUUCGCAAGCUCCUCCGCGUCGGCCCCUACCUCGAGCACGUUCGGGAGCGUCUACCGCGAGCAUCGUCCCCUAUUUGGGCAAGCUCCUGCUCCAUCUUCAUCGCCACCGCCGGCAUUAGCUGGAGCGGGCCCAUCGUCGGAAGUGGGCGCAGUCGCCGGAAUCGAGUGCCGCGUCGCCGUAAGUGGGCGCAGUCGCCUGGGUCGAGCGCCGCAGCCGCCGGGAUCGAGAGCUGCGGCCGCUUGGAGCAGGCCGCGCCGCCGGCGAUCGAGCGUCGCAGCCGCCUUGAGCAGGCCGCGCCGCCGAGAUCGAGAGCCGCGGCCGCUUGGAGCAGGCCGCGCCGCCGGGGAUCGAGCGUCGCAGCCGCCUUGAGCAGGCAGCGCCGCGGGGAUCGAGCGUCCCAGCCACCUGGAGCCGCGUGCCGGGGGGACCAGGCUCUGCAGGGAGGGGCGCGCGAGGAGCGAGGCGCACUGCAGGGAUUGGGCUCCGCCCGCCAGGAGUUGAGCUGCAGGUGUCGCUCGUUUCUAUUCUGAAAUUGCAGAGGGUUCAAUUCAACCCCGUUCCCCCACAGCAAGUCUGCUGCUGGCUAAAGCUUAUGGACUGGCCUAGAUGCACUACUCCAGAAGAGGCUCAGAUAUGAGAGUGCGCCUCUAGAAUAAUGUCUGUGCUUACCUGCGUGAUUGAAAGCAUGGGCUCAUCCUGUAGUAGACCUCAUUCCUUAAACGAGGCUGAAGCAGCUGAAAAUGCAAGGGUAACUUGUCGUAUAGACCAAGUAAAUGCUAUUAGUAGGUUUUGAUUUUGAGCUGGUUAGCACUAAGCAACUGCAUUUGAUUCCUUCUGGUACUCAUGGUGUGUGUGUACAGUCUGCUGACAUCGACCGGCAGAUUUUGCAACAGACAAAGGCAGAGCAACACAUCCACAAGCUCUUACUUCUCGGUAAUGCCAACUUACUUGAACUGAAGAGGUAUUUUGUCAUGUGAAGUACUCCUAUCUGUUGUUGUGUAGACUUUUGUCUCGAUAGUUUGCUGGCUGAACCAAAAGAGCUAUCUCUAUAGUUUCUCCCUAGUCAAUUGUCUUUGUGUAUCAUUCAGACUUGUAAAUGCUAUCUUUGCAUGCUGGUCAUCAAUAAAUUUCUUUGCCUGUCUGUCUUUC